AUGCUGAUUUUGUUGUGCCCAAUUACAACCUUCACAACCUCAGAUGAAUUUUGUCGUCACGGCAUACAGGUGUACCUCCAUAUAAAACGGCAGGCCGAUUUUAAUCAGGCCAACCACUUGGAUCAAGCCAACCACUUGGAUCAAGCGAACUUGCACUCCGUCCAGAGUCUCUACCCACGACCAAUUGUGCGUGAGAAGUUCGGAAGGCUAACCAGAAAACCUUACGUGCUAGACCGGGCGGUCGAGUUUAAUCUAAGCAAUGAGAAACACUUGGUCGCAGCUGCGUUUUGUCAACGGCCUGUUGGAGUCGACUUGGUAGUUACCUCUCUACCCAAAACCAGAAACGAAAGCGACUUCCUAUCUCGGAUGAGAGGCCCGAUGUCUGAGGGCGAGUUGAAGCUAUUGGAUACUGCCUUAUUGGAACUGGCGGGUGGGAAUCGUCUUAGUGCGUUCAAACUUUAUUGGUCUCUAAAGGAGUCAUUCAUUAAGUACCAUGGAACCGGCCUCAGCUUGGGUUUGAGAACUUUUGAGCUAGUUCCUUGUCCAAUCGGCAACGAUAUACGCGCAGACAAAGAAAACCAGGAAUGGCCCCAGAUAAAGUGUGUCGACUUUGAGUCGAAGGCUGACCAAAUAUACCACAAGGAUGAUAUUAGUAUACUGCCUUUGGAUGUCUACAUCUUGAGUGAAGAACCGAAGUUUAUUGCGGGGAUUCCUGUGCGUAAAGGGAGCCAGCAUGUUUCCUUUUUUACUAGUCUCCUUCGAUGGAAUGGUGAGGAAUUCUGGUUGACGAUUUGCACCAAAAGGAGUUGUUCCAAGGUAGAGAUAACUAGUAAGCUAGGAGAGCUGGAUACCAGUAAGCUAGGAGAGUUGGAUACCAGUAAGCUAGGAGAGUUGGAUACCAGUAAGCUAGGAGAGCUGGAUACCAGUAAGCUAGGAGAGCUGGAUACCAGUAAGCUAGGAGAGCUGGCUACCAGUAAGCUAGGAGAGCUGGAUACCAGUAAGCUAGGAGAGCUGGAUGAUGGUGGUAUUUGCGUGCAAUGCAAGCUUGGCAAGAAACAAGUGUGUUGGAAAUUUUGUGAAAAAAUAAUGCUUGCUAACGAACGAGAUCAGAAGACAGAGGGCCCCCAAGUGAGCGGCCGGGUAUUGUAG